AUAUAGUUCAAUGCACUCUAUCAGAGCUGUGUGUAACUUUAAUGCUAGCCUUAUCUGUCAGAACGUUAGUCGGUUCUUUCAUUCCCAUUAUUCAAGGCCCCUAUAAUCGUGCAAGUAUGUCCGACCAAACCAUUCCUUACUAACGCUAAUACGUACACCUAAUAAGUGCUGACCUUCGUCACCCGAGGGCUUCAGAUCGCGGAAGCACCCAGCAGUUAGGACGCAUUUAGGGAAUAGCUUCCGCGGCCAUGGAACAAGUAAACGCAGCAUUGCAGAAUGAAGACUACUCAGCCGUCGCCGGCCUGCUAGAUGAGGCGGAGCUGCGGUCUCCAUCGACUACGGUGUUGGCGGAUGGCUGGCCAGCUGCUCUGCACCUGCUGGCCCACGUUUACAACGGCGACCUGCCGGAUGCGCGCAUGCUGUACAAGCGCCUUCCGGACACCGUGAAGGCGGACCCGCAGGUCUCCGCCGCCUGGCGCCUGCUGCAAUGCGCCUGGCAGGGCAACAGCGAGGGCGUGUGGCGGGCCCUGCGCGCCGGCCCCUGGUCCCCGCCCGCCGCCCCCCUCGCCACCGCCCUAGGCGAGCGGCUGCGGGUACGGCAGCUAGACCUAGUAGCAGCCGCCUACUCGCACGUCACCCCCGCCCGCCUCGCGGCGCUGUGUGGGUGCAGCGAGGAGGAGGCGGUGGCGGCGGCGCAGGCGCGGGGUUGGAAGCUGGCGACGGAGGGGGGUGGGGGUGAGGGCGGGGUUGCGGCGUUGGAGGUGGUGGCGCCGCCUGUGAGUCGGGGCGAGCUGGACAGCUUGGCGGCGCUGGAGCAGCUGUCGGUGUACAUGACGCAGCUGGAGUAGUAGGGGGUGGUAAAUGUGAGGAGACGGACGAGAAGGGGGGGAUAAGGAACUGACGAGCUGUGUGACGAGGGCGGGGUAGUAACACUAGUAAGGAAAACGGACUGUAGUGUCUACAGAGGACGUAAGGGGGAAGGAGGAAGGAGGGAGGAGGCAAGAGGAGGGAGAUGGGAGAAGAAGGUUGUGUGGAUGGGGUUGGGGGAUAGGAGAGGUCAGGGGGCUGCAGCAGGAGAAAGGGAUACGUUGGGGUGUGGAGCAGGAACGUUGGGCGCUAGGUUGUUAGCUGACUGGGGGUGUAACGGAC